AUGGAGCGACAACCCCGUCGACGUCGGAGGCCCGCUCUCUCCUGCCUGGAAUGCCGUCGGCGAAAGAUCAAGUGCGACCGCGACGACCCCUGCACGCACUGCGUCUCUGCCAAAAUUCAAUGCACCUACAAAACUUACAGAAACGAUCCGGAGACUCGGGGGUUGACCCCUCGGAGCGACGCUGGCCGCGCGCUAUCAAAUUCGGCUUCGCGCCCAGCAUCGCCUGCAGUAGCAGGACAGGGACCGCCACCCAAUCUCGGUCGAUCGUUCCAAGAUAUUGCGGACAUCGCUUCCGCUCAGACAAUCCGGGCGGAUGAGAGACGUACCGGAACCUCAAAUGUCGUGGGAACUCACAACAUAUCCCCUCAGAAUCGUAGUUCCGAAGCAGAGCCAGAUCUACGAGAUCUUUUGCGACGAUUACGAAAACUUGAGCAAGACUCGACGGGCCUAAAUAAUCUCGGCUCGCCUGAACUGGCACGUCAUGUACUCUCCAGUACCCAUGGGCCGCAAGAUUCCCAAGUUGUCUUGAAAAAGACGAGACUCUGGAAAUGGAGCGACUGGAUGGGAGAAUCUGAAGAGUUUGAAACUGUAUUGGCCUGGUUUACAGCAUACAUCGAGGCCAAGGACCCUGCUAAAGAGGUAUCUUUCCAAGAGGCCGGAACCCAAGCCCUCGCUAUUGAAAUCGGCAAUCUGUACGAAAGUUGCAAAGUUUUGGCAAGAAGACUCAAGAUUUGCCGCCCUACCAGAAACAUUUCAAGCCCAUCACCAAGCUUGAUGCCUCCCUCUCGAGAAGUUGCCGACGCAAUGGUUAGUGCCUACCUCAACUCAUUUGAGUUGGUGCAUCGGAUUUUACACGUACCAACUUUUUGGGCCGAGUACUGCGAGUACUGGGAUCAUCCGGAAACCACAACUAUGGAUGUUCGCCUGAAGAUAUUGCUCGUCAUCGGCAUGGGUUCAAGCUUGUCGGAACUUGGAGAUGCCACGCUCCGGCAAACUGCGACCCAUUGGGUCUACGCCGCUCAAAGCUGGCUAUCUGGGCCUCUGGAGAAAGACAGGCUUGGCUUGUCGGGUCUUCAAGUCCAUUGUCUCACGAUGCUCGCACGCCAAAUAUUCUCGGUCGGCGGAGACCUGAUAUGGGUAUCAAUGGGGUCGCUCAUUCAUCGAGCUAUGCAAAUUGGACUGCACCGCGACCCCAAGCAUUUGCCAAGAAUGUCGUUUCUUCAGGCGGAGCUGCGAAGAAGGCUGUGGGCAACCAUUCUUGAGCUGGCUGUACAGUCCUCUUUGGACUCAGCCAUGCCUCCAAGACUAUCGUUUGAUGAGUUCGAUACAGAGACCCCAUCGAAUAUCAAUGACGAUGAGAUGGAUCAGUCAACUGAGAUGGCCGAACCGCAUCCGAAAGAUGGAUUCACAGACACCUCAAUUCAGCUGUUGCUUUUAAGUAGCCUUCCGACCCGCUUGAAGAUUCUUCGAUUACUGAAUGAUCUGCGCUCGGAACUCUCAUACACAGAUGCCCUUGCACUCAGCGAUGAGAUUACUACGGCUUGCAGAGAAAAUAUGGCGUUUGGCAAAAGAUUUGAGGGUCGAGAGAUAACCAAGUUCCAUCGAAAUCUCGUAGAUUACUUGGUACGGCGCUUCAUGCUACCUCUGCAUUGUCCUUUCGCCAGCAAAGCGCGGUCGAACCCCCUAUUCCAUUACUCGAUCAGAGCCAGCCUGGACGCUUCCAUGGCUAUCAUUUCUCCGGAACCUGACGAGAAGUUUUCCCGACUGAUGGCUGUGUCUGGUGGUCUUUUCAGAGAAGGAUUCAGAUAUGCCAUAGCGACUAUUAGUCUGGAAUUCCUUGCCGUGGCGAAGUCGCAGCAGCUGAGUGGGACCAUUCAUCGGGACGAUCGUUACAGAACGCUCCUGAAGAGCUCGGUCGAAGACAUGAUUGAGAUGUCAGCCGAGAGAAUCCGACAAGGAGAUACUAAUAUCAAGGGUCACAUGUUUCUCAGCAUGAUUGUAGCUCAAGUCAAAGCAAUGGAGGAGGGUCACUCUGGGGAGCAGAUGAUUGCGCAGAGUGCAAAGAACAGCCUCGAAUUCUGCCAUUCUGUACUUCAGAGAAGACUAGAAAAUGCUCCAUCCCCAUGGAGCACUGACACAUCCACGAUGACAAUGGCACCCAUGAGAAUCCUUAUCAGCGGCGGUGGUAUCGCCGGGACCUCUUUGGCAUUCUGGCUUUCCAAGCUUGGCCAUGAUAUCACAGUGGUCGAGUGGUUCCCAACUUUGCGGGCAACCGGUCUUCAAUUGGACCUCCGCGGCCACGGCAUCGAAGUCAUGAAACGGAUGGGUCUUGAUCAGGCCUUCCGCGCCAAGUCAGCUCCUGAGCAGGGCCUGCUGAUAGUCGACAGCUCCGGACAACGCCGCGCUUACUUCCCAGCCAACACGUCCGGCAAAGGACUUCAAAGCUUCACAACCGAAUACGAAAUCAUGAGAGGCGAUCUCUGUCGCAUCAUCUACGACGCUACCAAGAACCGAGCCAAGUACGUCUUUGGUACGUCCGUUGAGAAAUUCGAGCAGAUGGGCAACGGAGUAGAAGUGCUCUUCAGCAACGGGGAGACGGAUACCUUCGACCUUUUGGUAGGUGCCGAUGGGCAAGGCUCUCGUACCCGCAAGAUGAUGCUGGGGGCGAAGCAAACAGAUGGCUUCGAACCCCUUGGGGGUUCCUACGCUGGGUACUUCACGAUUCCCAAGCCGAUUCAGGAGGGGGAGGGAUACAAUGCCACCGCUUACAUCGGCACCAACAAUCGCACCAUCAUGACCCGGAGACACAGUCCCGACCAGACACAGAUCUAUCUCAUGUGCAGAACUAACUCGGAGGAGAUCAAGAAUGCUCGCCGGGAGGGAGUUGAGAAGCAAAAGGAAGCGAUAGCAAAGGUCUUUGAUGGUGCCGGAUGGGAGACAAAAGACAUUCUUGAGAGAAUGACGAAGUCGACCGACUUUUAUUGCGAACAUAUCGGCCUCGUCAAGAUGAAUGGUUGGUCGAAGGGCAACGUUACUCUUGUUGGAGACGCAGCAUACUGCCCUUCAGUGAUGACUGGGAUGGGCACAACAUCGGCUGUUGUUGGCGCGUACGUCCUGGCUGGGGAGAUCAGCAAACAUUGCGGUAACAAGGACUCCAAGGACGGUCUUGGGAAGGCUCUCAGAGCCUACGAACAGAAGUUUCGGCCUUUCAUGGAUCAGGUACAGCAUGGCAUCUCAGGCGAUGCUUUCAUCUGGAAGAUCUGGCCCACGACACCAUUCGGAAUCGGCAUUCUGAACUUCCUUCUGGGUUUGGUCUCAUUGCUGAGACUUAAUGUGCUUGGGGAGUGGCUGUUGAAGGAGAAUGUGAAGUGGGAACUGCCAGAGUAUGAAGAAGUGGGUUCGAUGCGCCUUUAG